AUGAUUACAAUACUGCAGCUGUUUUUGUUUAUUCAAAUUGUAUUGAUAGGUUCUAUCGAAUGCAAAAAAGAAGUUAAAUUUCUAUCAGUUUCAGUUAAUCCUAAUACUAAAUUUCUAGAAUUUUGCGAUGCUAGCAUUACACCCGAUUCAAAUGGUCAUUCACUUGAUCUAAAAACACGUUUAUUGGCACCCAUUCAGAAGGACAUUCACGUCCGAUUAGAUUUCUUUAUGAAAAGUAAACAAGAUUCUGAAUAUAAAGAAUUCUUUGCAUAUGAUUUUGACGUUUGCAAACUUAUGGAUGAUUUUAUGAGUCAAACUUUAGCUAGAUUAUGGAUGGAAAAUAUGGUAAAAUAUACCAAUAUUCCCUUUAAGUGUCCAGUUGCAGAAGGUGAAUAUUACAUUAAAAAGCUGGUAAUUGAUGAGAAAAGCCUUCCGAUGGUGGCUGUGAGUGGAAUUUACAUGGUUAAGAUUCUUACUUAUGUUAAAGAGGCUACACCGGAGAACACUCUUGCCAGUACUACCUUGGAGGUUGAGGUUAAAGUUUAA